UAAUGUAGUUUCAAAUGCGUAAAUCUUCUCUGAUCUCUGUCCAUGGGAAUAAGUGGGAUAAGGAGCCUCUCCCUGUGUGGGUGGGUGUCAAUUGUAGCCCUUUUUGUUCUUGGCUUAUCUACCGCUUCUUCUUCCGGCAAGAUCCACACAACAAGUGUUCUGGGCGAUAACCGUACGUGUGUCCCUUCUUCCUGCGGUGACGUCCACAACAUAAGGUACCCUUUUCGACAACAAAAUGAUCCACAGCACUGUGGCGACCAAAGGUUCACUUUGGAAUGUCACAACAACAUCACAGUGCUGCGCCAAAUUUCUCACGAGUACUACGUGAAGGUCAUUGACUACGAUAACAGCUUAAUCCGAGUGGUAGAUCCAGGCCUUGAGAAGAACAACUGCUCUUCCCUUCCUCGUUUUCCUUUGGCCCCAUCUGAUUUCAGUGACGGGUAUACAUACUCCCUAAAUGAUAGUAUUCCUCUAACCUUCUUGAAGUGUGCAAAUCCAGUGAACUCUUCUCUGUAUGUGAACACUGCUCCCUGUAUUAAAUCCAAAGGGCAUGGUUAUGCCAUUCUAGGCCAUACGUCCCUGGAAGAUUUAGAGAAUGGGUGCAGUAUAGAUUGGAUUUGGAAGGGUAUGAACCGUAUGAUCACUUCGACUGACGGAAAGGACCGAAAUAUUUCCUAUCAAGAUAUACACAAUGAACUGAUGAAAGGCUUUGAGCUUCACUAUUCUCUGCCCAAUUAUUAUCUGCCCAUUCACUAUCCGCAGCGCAAUUAUUGCCACGGUCAAUGGAGGUACAGGAACAAAACAUGUUAUCCGCGCAGCAUCCCAGGAUUGUUUCAACUUGUGCGGACAGCGCUUACAGAUCAUGGUGCUUUCGUGCGUAUUAUCGCUGUUGGUGUUCUAGAUUGUGUCGUAGGGGUAAAACUCAUAUAUGGAGGUCCAUUUGUGAUUGGACUUCUGAUAUACAAGUGGCGAAGAAGACAUUGGUCAGCCUACAACACUAUAGAAGAUUUUCUGCAUGGUGACAAUUUCAUGCCUAUAAGAUACUCUUACUCUGACAUUAAGAAAAUGUUUGGCAAUUUCAAAGAUAAGUUGGGCGAAGGGGGUUAUGGGUCUGUAUUUAAAGGUAAAUUACGGAGUGGCCACUUUGCAGCCAUUAAGUUGUUAGGCAAGUCUAAUGCAAAUGGCGAAGAUUUCAUGAGUGAAGUAGCUACUAUUGGAAGGAUUCAUCAUGUUAAUGUGGUGCAGCUUGUUGGUUACUGUGUCGAAGGUUCAAAGCGCGCUUUAGUAUAUGAUUUCAUGUCAAAUGGGUCUCUGGAUAAAUACAUUUACUCUAAAGAAGGAUCCAUCACUUUAACUUACAAGAAAAUGUAUGAGAUUGCAGUUGGAGUAGCUCAGGGUAUUGAAUAUUUGCAUCAAGGUUGUGAAAUGCAAAUUCUACAUUUUGAUAUCAAGCCUCAUAAUAUUCUACUUGAUGAGAAUUUCAUCCCAAAGAUUUCUGACUUUGGGCUAGCGAAACUAUAUCCAGCGAAUAACAGCAUCAUCUCUUCAGUGGCAGCAAGAGGCACCAUGGGAUACAUUGCUCCCGAGUUGUUUUAUAAAAACAUUGGUGGUGUUUCAUACAAAGCUGACGUCUAUAGUUUUGGAAUGCUGUUGAUGGAAAUGGCAAGCAGAAGGAAAAAUCUAAAUGCACUUGUAGAUCACUCAAGCCAACUUUACUUCCCCUCAUGGGUACAUGAUCAAUAUAGUGAUGGUAAAGACUUGGAGAUUGGCGAUGCUACAGCAGAGGAAAAGAAAUUAAUUAAAAAAAUGAUUGUAACUGCCUUGUGGUGUAUUCAAAUGAAACCAAGUGAUCGACCUUCAAUGAAGAGAGUCACACAGAUCCUCGUAGGAGAUGUUGAAUACCUAGAGAUGCCGCCAAAGCCUUCUCUAUGCCCACAACCAAUGCCCGUAAGCAAUUUGAUUCCAGCAUGUUCAAAUGUGGAGCUAACAUGUACUCUUUCAGCUAGGUGAUGAUCAGCUAGCUACCAUUCACUUCACUUCAUCUAGCUUAUGAAAUUUCAUAUUUUUUUAGAAUUGCAGAUUACUGUAGUAAAAAAAGAUGAACUGUCAAUGAUGUUCAAAUAAUGCAUUUCUCCAUUACUUUGUUGCC